AUGGUAAGCGACGGUUACACGCAGCGGAUGGUCCAAGAAUUCGACAUGCCAUCUUCUGCUGACCGUGCUCUGGAGAAUUGGCUCUUUGAGCAUGACGUGGACUGGGUUCUUCAGUUCCGCAAGGAGCAUGGCUUAUGUCAGCAGCUUCAGGAUAAGUCGUCGUCAUUGCAGCAUGACUUGGUUGAGAGGUGGAUUCGAGCUCUCACUGUAAUUGGCUACGGUAUGAGAGAGCUGGGGGACGUCGUCAACAAGACGCCAGCGAUGGCGCGGUUUGCUAAGGCGAGCAUCUCAGCAAUGCUCGUCUUUGUGGACACCAUGGAGAUACGCUAUGGCCUAUGGGUGACUAUAUCUAGCAUGAUAGAGGAGGUGAAGGCACCCAUGGAGGACGAUGAUUCGUGGGCCGUCGAGAUUCUGCGGGGAGGAGGCGGACUGCACAGGAACACCCGGUUGAUGAUGGAUUGCGUCAUGUCCAUGAGGCAAGCAUCGGCGUCGAUGUCGAAAUCUGCAGGGAGAUGCUUCGCUUUAAGCCUCCUGAUAGAUGACACGAUCCAUUAUCUGAAGGAUCUGCUUCAGAGAAAAUCGCAGCUGUGCUUGGAUCCAAGCCUCAUGUACCUGUUCCUGCUCAAUAAUUCCUAUUUUAUAGCGCAGAUGUCUCAGCCCCCGGGAUUGUUAAAUCUUGAGCUGCGGUCAGGAAUAAACUGCCGGGGACUUCAAAUGGGAGCUCUUCUAUGCCACCCUGAACGUGACAAGUACAUAGAUAGCUAUUUGGAUGUUUCUUGGGGACAUGUUCUGUCCAGCAUAUCGCAAUCUAAGAUUUCUGGAUUGCUUCAUCGUUGGGUGAAUACCUCUUCACGCAACUCACUGGCUGAAUUCAAGUCAGCGCUUCAUAAGACAUACCAGGCUCAGAAGUUGUGGAAGGUUCCAGACCCUCAGCUCAGAGAUGCGCUGAGGAAAUCUAUUGCGGAGAGAGUUAUUACAGCUUACCGUAACUACUUGAAGGAGCAUCCGGAGCUAGAGAAAUACAUUGGUGACGAAGCAAGCAACCCUGAAGUGCUGGAGGAGAUGUUAGGAGAGAUAUUUGAAGGAUGA